AUGUUUCGUUACAUUUGAGUGUGAGGUCGAUUCCUACGUGUUAACAUCUAUUAGUUUUAAUAUAAACUAAAAUCAAUUAGUGAAUAUCUGUAAUGUUAGUUGUGAUAACACGAAUUAAUUGUUUACUAUUCACAAUUUUUUGUUUUAUUUAUUUUUUAGAAAUAUGAAGCAUCGAAAAUUAAAAUGUCAUUUAAAACUUGUGGAUAUACUGUUCCACCAUGAUGUGCUUCACUCAAUUUAUGAUUGGUUGUUUGUAUACAUUUUCAUCUACACUUGUGGCACAACUUCGAGAAUCUUCGUCAACAAUACAAUUGAGUGUCGAAGAGGAAUCUUGGAUAACUAGUAUUACGGUACUCAUAUGUCCAGUCGGUUUAUUCAUAAUUGGAAUUCUAACGGAUGCAUUCGGUAGAGUCAAAACUGUUCAAAUUAUUUGCGCACCAUUUGCUUUAGGUUGGCUAAUAAUUGCAUUUGCUGACUCUUACACAGCACUAUUAAUUGGAAAAAUUAUACUUGGAAUCCCGUUUGGUGUGAGCACGUGCAUGUUUCUAUAUAUUUCCGAACUAUCCCCGGCCAACCUACGACCGCUGUACGUAACGCUGGUCCCCUUGACCGUGGGCCUGGGAAUGAUUUUGGAAUGCAUAUUGGCCAUAUACUUCCGGUGGCAAACCAUAUCCAGUAUCAUGCUGGUGGUGAGCCUGAUCAAUUUCUUGUUGCUGUUCAUGGUACCAGAACCGCCGAUGUGGCUCAGGGCCAAGGGCCGGUCAGCCGAGGCGGACGAGGUGGACGAGUGGCUGGACUUGGGUCACAUCACGACCGCUUCGGCCACCGAAGUGGCCGCGUCGGCUUAUGUGGUCGAACGGUCGAUGACGUUGGCCAUGGCGUCGGACACCAACGUCCACGCCUCGCCCGAAGCGCCCAAGGAGACCACGGCGACGCCGUACUGGUCACUGUUCUUGCAGCGCAACGUGUGGAUGCCGACGGUGAUCACGCUGACGUUCUUCGUCUGCCAGCAAGGCAGCGGGGUAUACGUGCUGCUGUUCUACUCAAUGGACGUGGUCCGAGACUGCAAGAUGCCGUGGGACAGCAACGCUGUUUCGCUGUUCCUGGCCUUUGCCCGGGUGAUAGGCGUCCUGAGUUUCGCGGCGAUGCACCGCGUCCCUCGCCGGACGCUAGUCAUGGUUUCCGGCGGAUGUAUGGCCGUCUCGCUGCUCGUAGUCGUCGCCUACAUGAAGGCAUUCGCAGGCGUGCAGGAUCCGCCGUUCGAGUUCACGCUCAUCGUCGCGUUCGUAAUGUUCAUGUUCUUCGCCCUGCUGGGCAUCCUGCCCAUGCCUUGGAUGCUGUGCGGCGAGGUUUUCCCGAUGGCGGUGAAAGGUGUUAUGAAUGGAGUUGUACAAACAUGUGGAUAUGUUUUAUGGUUUGUGAUUUGCAAAAUAUAUCCAUCGCUAAUCUUAGAUUUAGGAGUGGAAAUCGUUUGGUCGAUAUUAGCUUUCUUCUGUAUAUUAAACGUGUUGUUUGCCAUAUUUAUUAUGCCCGAAACUAAGGGGAAAACUCUAGACGAAGUCUUGUUGUAUUUCGAACCAAAGAAGAAAAUCAACAUUCCGUAAUCUACGUUAAUUUAUGUGUAUCUGAAAACAGAAUUUAUUAUUUAUUAUAUAUUUUGUUGUGGUUGUAUUUAAGCAUCGAUGUAUAUAAGCGAGGCUGGGCAUUAACGCGUUACUAAAUUAAAGUUAAGUUAAUUUUUUUUAUUAUAAUUAGCUUAAUUAUCAAUUUAAAGAGUGCAAAAAGUUGACUUUUACUUAACUGAGUCAAUUUUGCAUUCAAACAAAUUAAGUUGAUUUCAAUUUCACUUAUUAUAAUUUCAUAUUUUCAUAUAAAAUAUUAUAAAUACCUAUAAUAAUUAUUAUGAAAUUACGAACACGGAAUAUUAUAUUUUGCACUUUAUUUUGCCCGUCGUCGUUAGUUGGUGAUUGUAGCGGACUAGACUGUUUUUGAUAAUGCUGAGUUUAUUUUAAUACAAUUUAUUAUUAAUUCGACAUUUCUUUUCAACAAUUUAUUUGAAUAUGUACUAUUUCUAUUUCGUAUAUUUAUCUGAAUAAGAAUUCAUAUAUGUAUACAAUUUUAUUGUAUUAACCAAUUUGUUUGUUGACAAUCUACUUUGACUUUUCUGUUUAAAUAAUUUAAAAAUAUAUGAUUUUUAUAUAUCAA